CAGCCCCUUUGUUGUUGGCAUACUCAGCCUUGACUGCUUUGAAUUCAUUUUCAAGCUGCAGCUUCAGAAGUGGCGAAACAAGAUAUUCCUUUCUGGCACAGCUGAAGGUGGACUUCCUUUAACACAAAAUGGCAAAAUCAGCAUGUACAUCUGAUCUCAGGAUUGCAAUAUUUGGAAAAAAUCCAAACGAAAAGGCCACGCUGAGUAACAUCCUGACACACACAAAAAAAGAUGGUUCCUUCCAAAGAACUCAAAACCAAUUUUCACAUGUCCAAGCAGAGUGGAGGAAAAAACCUUUCAAAGUUCGGAAAACUGCAGACGUCUUCAGUCUGCCAAUGGGGAGUGUUAGACAUGAGAUAAAGAAGUGUGUGUUUCAUUGCCCCCCUGGACCAAAUGUUUUGCUUCUGUUAGUAAACCCUUCUGAUUUUACUGAGCAGGAUAGGCAAAAAAUCAAGGUCGUCAUGAACUUCUUUGGACCGGAUGUUUUUAAAUAUGCAAUGGUCAUCAUAACACAAAAAGAUGGGCGAGGGAAUCCUUCAGUUUAUCAGCUCAUUGAAGACUGCGAACGAAGGCAACAUAUAAUGAAAUAUGGUGAAAAUGAGUUUCCUGAGAAUGAUCAUCAAGAACUGAUGGAGAAAAUUGAGAACAUAGUGGAUGAAAACAGGGGACAAUAUUUAACCUACACUGAAGACACAGGUCCCAUGGGAGUACCUGAAUGCGCAAAACCACCUCUAAACCUGGUUUUGUGUGGAAGACAUGGAAGCUGGAAGAAUACAGCAUCCGAUGCACUUCUGGGAGAAAGAAAGUCUGGUCCGCAUGUUGAAUCAUCUGAGUGUGUUAAAAAACAGGGAAAGGUGUGUGGACGUUGGGUUACCCUGGUGGAGCUGCCUGCCUUGUAUGGAAAACCUCUGAACACAACAAAGAAAGAAUCAUUGGAGAGCAUCGUCCUCUGUGAACCUGAGGGCGUCCAUUGCUUUGUCCUGGUCCUGCCUUUAGAACCCCCAAGUGAGGAAGAAAAGAGAGAGCUAGAGACCAUCCGAAACACGUUCAGCUAUAAGAUGAAUGAUUUUACCAUGAUUCUUUUCAUUUCCGAUGCAAAUCAUAAUGUUGGGAGGUUUCUAAAUGAAAACAAAGACAUCCAAGUUCUCCUUCAGAGCUUUGGUGGAAAAUAUACUUUCUGCAACAUUAAGAACAAGCUGUCAGUGUCUGAAGUUUUACUUUCUUUGGAAAAUAUGAGAGUUGUGGGAUCCAAAGGCUUCACAAAAGGGAUGCUUCCUAAGCUUAUAAGACGUGCAUCAACUGUUGAACAAGAUAAAAGUCACACAUACUUUCAAAGGAUGACACCCAAAAGAGCGUCUGUUGCAAUAGGGCCAAAAACAGAAUUUCCAAAAAGGGUUCAGGAGAAACAGCCUACCAAGCCGCCAAUUUUACCGCGUAGACACGCCCUCAAGAAGGGGCCCAGCACAGACUGUCUCAGGAUGAUGCUGAUUGGGAAAACUGGCAGUGGAAAAAGUGCCACUGGAAACACCAUUUUGGGCAAAGAACACUUUGUUUCCAAAGCUUCCCCAAAGUCAGUAACCAAGUACUGUAAUAAAAUAACAGGAGAGAUUGAUGGGCGGUGUGUCACUGUGGUAGACACCCCUGGAUUGUUCGACACAGCUUUGUCCAACGACGAAAUUCAACAGGAGCUUUCAAAAUGCAUCAGCAUGUUGUCUCCUGGACCCCAUGUAUUCUUACUGGUACUCAGGAUUGGUCGGCUUACAAAGGAGGAAAAGGACGCAGUGGAACUGAUCAAGGAGUUUUUUGGCAAGAACUCGGAAUAUUUCAUCAUUGUUUUAUUCACCAGAGGCGAUGAGCUUAAACACCAAACAAUUGAAAGUUACAUAGAAGAAGAUAAAGAUAACUCCUUAAAGAAACUGAUAACUGAAUGUGGAGGAAGAUACCAUGUCUUCAAUAACAACAAUCUGGAAAAUCGCACGCAAGUCAGAGAGCUCCUGACUACCGUUGAGACAAUGAUAAGGAAGAAUGGGGAUGGAUACUACACCUCAGAUUUUUUCAAAGGAGCAGAGGCUGCCAUACAAAAGGAAAUGGAGAAGAUCAUGAAAGAGAAGGAAGCAGAGAUACAGAGGGAGCAGAGGGACUUGAAAAUAAAACACCAAGAAGAAAUAAAAGAGACAGAAAGAAAAUUGGCAGAGGUAACCUCUAAACUGGAUCAAGAAGUACAGAGAGCUAAAGAAAAGGAGAAACACAUAGAGAAGAUGGAGCAGCAAGAGAGGAAGAGAGAAAUAGAAAGAGAAAUGAGAGAAGAAGAGGAAAGGAACAAGAAAUGUUAUGAGGAAUUGCAAAGACACCAAUGGGAACAAAAACUAGAAGCCCUGGAGGAAAAACUGUAUUAUCUCUCAGAAAACAGUCCUAUUGCUGACGUGAUGGUAUUAAUACAGGCCAGAAAAGACAUGAGACAAGAACGAGAGGCCUGGGAGAAGGAAAGAAAGGAAUGGUGGCAAAAACAGUAUGAAGAAGAAAGACAGAGGCAAGAGGAGCAAAAACGCUGUGAAAAGCUAAGACAAGAACAGGAGCAGGAAAUCAAAAUAAUUGAAAAGAAAAGGAAAGAAGAGGAAAUUAUCGGAAGGGAACAUGAAGAACGAGAGCGCAAAGAAUUAGACAAACUUUAUGAGGAAAGAAUGGGGGGAAUAAGAAAGAAAAAAGAAGAGGAGGCCAGAAAACAAGGUGAAGAGCACAACGAAUUCAGAAACAUGUUUAAUAAAGGUGUUUCAUUCGAUAUGGACAGGCCGGAAAAGGAAAAGGAGGAUCAGAGGAAGUUGCAACGAGACAAAAAUAACUUGAUGAUACAACAGCUGAGCAAAAACAAAAAAUUCCAAAAAGACAUAAUGAAACUAAAGAAAAAACAGGAAGAAGAAAUGAAUGACUUGAAGAAGACACAUUUUCUUCACAGCACAGAACUUCUAAACCAAGAAGUCAGUGACCUAGCGAUAAGACAUGAGAGGGAAAUAGAUCACUGGGUACAGGAACAUUUGAAGAAAGCAAUUGAAAACAGUGCUUGUAUCAUUUUAUGAGAUGUCACACCAACACAGCUACAAAACUGCCAUAUUUUGUUUUUCUUUCAUACUGAACCAGCAUAUAUACAUAAAUGGCCUCUAUCAAGUUGUUCAGAUGCCCUUCCCUUGAUUAAAGGGGCCCUAUAAUUGGGGUUUCCCUUUCCUGUAGUGUGUUAUUUUGGAUUUUGUGCAUGUAAAUGGUCUGCAAAGGCUCAAAUCCCAAACUUCCUUCCAAAGGGAGUUUUUCUCUCCCACACACUCCACCCGUGCCUGCACCUCCUCCAUAUGCUCCUUUGUUUACUUCUGCUACAUAGUGGCAUCACCAUGUAACACUCGCACUUCUAUUGGCCAGCGUUCCAACACAUUGUGCGCGAUAGGCUAGGGGGCAGUGAUCAAUCUCAACAGAGGCUGCCAGCUAACCAAUCACCGCAGACUGGGCUCUUGUGCGUCUGUUAACACUUGAGUGGCCCCCACAUCACUUCUUUAACUUUGACUAUUGUAGUAACUACAAGUUUGACUUUAUGUGUCCUUAAGCUAUAAAGGGUGGCUGUAGCUGUCAGUCGUCUUUCAAUCAGAAGCUUAAGGGUUCGAUCCUAGCUUUAUGGUUUAUUUGCAACAUUUUGUAUUUGCAUGUUUCGUGAGGUGGGUGAAGAUGUUUCUUUAUUUGCAUGUGUUUUGGCCCCUUUUAUGUUUUUAUAUUUACCUCACUUUUAAGACGUUUUUCUUAAUGGAAAUGUUUUGGGUUCGCACCUGUCGGUCACCAUACAGCUGGAGAAAUUAUUUACCCUUUAAAGAACAGUGUCUAGACAGUCUAUCUUGUCCUUUAAAAUAUCUAUUUUUACACAAGCCAAACCAAUACUUUCAAAUUGGUUUAUAUUUAUUUAACUUUGAAAACACUAAUGAAUGAUGGAUGAAAAAUAUAAUCAUGGAUUUAUUACAUUCUUUUGUUGUUGCAGUAAACACUGUAUGUAUAUAUAUUAAAAUAUUAGAAAGUUUCACACCAUAAUAACUCAUUGUGAAUGCGAUUCCUUUGCACAGUCUCCAAAUACACUCUGUUGUUUCUUGUAAGUGCACUCGCCAAUUAUAAUUGUUUUUUUUUUUUUGUAUAUAUGGCAACAGUGUUUGAAUGGUUAUACUUCCUUUUUCGAGCUGAUGUAUAAAAAUGUACCACUUGAUCUACUGUAACAGUGUGGGAGCCUGUACAAACCACAAUGUGUUGUGUUGAUGUUGCGCGUGUACAAUUAUUUUGAGAUUUAGUUUCAAAACCAUAUUUAACAAUACGUUCUUACUACACAUACAGAGGGUAGGAAAAAUUACUUGUGUUAUAAAUAAUUGUGUCAACUGUUGUUGAAAAAUUUGACUUGCUGAGUUUGUUCUGAACAUCAUCUCUGCAGCCACUGAAGAGACUCAGAUUUCAUUAUAAAGUUUCAUUGUCUUACCAUGGGGGCCAAACGUUUUGUGUUUACAGGCAGCCUUGAGCAGCGAUGUAUGCUAUGUAGUCGGUUGUUAUAAUUAGGGCUGACUCAGGCUUGCCUUGAAAUUCCUUCUGGGUCAUAUUUUUUAUUGUAUUUGUAUUUUAUAUUAACAUUUCCAUUUUUGUCAAAUGGAUAGUUUAUCUUGGAAUAUGUUUCUAUAUUUUUGAGUGUAAAGCCCCCAGAGACAAAUGUGAUUUGAGAUAUUGGGAUGUGUAAAUAUGUAUAUUUGAUUUGCUACACCCACAGACUGCAUAUGUAAAGGGUAACAACCACCUUCUGAGUUGUGAUGUGGUUUCUAAAGUCGUUCCCUUAAAUUAAAUAUCAGUCCGUAACAGCUA